GCAUGGACAUCAACUAUAGCAAACAAUAAAAAGGCCAGAGCUUGGAAGCAAGCACAUGUAAACUCAUUAAUUCUAACUCUCAAUGUGUUGUUUUCAUGGCUCUCUGCAACAAAAGUUUACUUCUCCUACACAUCACCAUCCUCAUUUCAUCAACAUGUUCAGUUCAGGAAGGUAAAGAUCCCCGGGAUAUCGACAAGAUUAUAAGAGACUACGCCUUUGGGUCUUUCGGCCACCACCGGAGAACUGCUGUGCUCUACACCGUGCCAAUGCCACCGAGCUUAUCUUCGGUUUCUACUCACAUAGUCAGGUACAGAAGUGGGAGUUUAUGGAAGCAUGGAGCAAAGAUAAAAGAGUUCUUAAUUCAACCUGGAACUGUUCUUCAUCCUCAUUCAAAGAGGAUUCUUGUGAUCCAUGAGAACUUUGGUAAUCUUUCAUACACGUGCUUCAAUCACAUGAACGUGCAUGGCUACCAACUUGUGUCACCAGUCUUGGGACUUCUCAUCUACAAUGCAUCCAAGGUUAGCAGAAGAAGAACAAGCAAUGAAUCCUUGAUUGAGGUGAUGAUCACCAAGAAGCCAAUUAGAAUAGAUUUCUCUAGUGUCAUGACAUUUCAAGGGCCUCAAUCUCUUUGUGUUUUAGUGGGGUUGGAUGGGAAGUUGAGUGUGUUGAACAAGGUGUCUCAUAAUGUUUGUGUUGCAUGGAGGCAAGGGCACUUUGCACUUGUGGUUCCAAAGAGUGAAGUGAAGGAUGGUGGCACUAACGGUGGUGAGGCGGUGAAGUUGAGUAAGUGGAGGCUUGUGAUGGUGUGCUCGGCAACGGCAGUGCUUGCGGCAGUGCUCAUGGUGUUGAUCAUCGUUGCGGUUGUUAGUGUGCGGAAAAGGCGGUUUCAGGUGACUGAAAUGGAGAGGAGAGCUUAUGAAGAUGAGGCCUUGCAAGUAUCCAUGGUUGAUCAUGUUCGAGCUCCGACAGCCACUGUGUCACGUACUUCGCCGGUUAUUGAGACCGAGUAUGAACCACCAUUACAGUGAUCUUUGUUGAUGACGAAGAAAGAAAGGAGAAAGAAACAAGUUGAUGAAAAUGAUGAUGGUGAAAUGGGGUCCAUAGCAUGAAGAUUUCAAUUCCAUUCAAAUAGACAACAUAAUUCUUUCACUUUUAUGCUUUGCUUUUGGCUUUAGGCAUUGCUAACAUGAAUCAUACAAGUCUCAUUUUAUGCACAUGA